UAUAUAUAUAUUUGUAAAAUCUUAAUUGUUGGAUCGAUCGAUGGAUUCCAGUAGGAGAGCGGUGGAAUCGUAUUGGAGGUCACGGGCGAUUGAUGGCGCGACAUCGGACGAAGACAAGGUGACUCCAGUUUACAAAUUGGAGGAGAUAUGCGAACUGCUUCGAUCUUCACAUAGCAGUAUUGUUAAAGAAAUCUCCGAAUUCAUCUUGAAGCGUCUCCAACAUAAAAGCCCUAUUGUCAAACAGAAGGCUUUGAGAUUGAUCAAGUAUGCAGUGUUGAAAUCCGGUGCAGAAUUCAGACGGGAAAUGCAAAGGAAUUCAGUAGCUAUACGCCAAUUAAUUCACUACAAGGGCCAGGCAGAUCCUUUGAAGGGUGAUGCACCAAAUAAGGCUGUGCGGGAAAUGGCCCAGGAGGCUUUGUCAUCUAUAUUUUCUGCUGAUGAGGAUAAACCAGCACCUUCAAAAACACUUGGUAGUCGGAUCCAAGGGUUUGGUAAUACCAACUUUGAAAUGUCGUCGGACGACAAGAAGUCAUUUCUUAGUGAGGUGGUUGGUCUUGGUAGUGCUACAAUAAAACAGGGAUUGAGUAGUUUAGCAGAAGGCCGGUCCAUUAAAAAUAAUGACACUGGAAGUUACAAGAGACCAACUCUUCGAAGGUCUUUGACUGGAGAAACUAUUGACUCGGAUGAAUAUGAAGGGGUUGGACAUCGCAGUAAAGCUCUGAACACUUCUCAGUUCUCAGUCAAUGCGACUGGUGGGAGUUGGGGGCAGGAUUUGAGAACGAACCAGAUAGAAAUGAGCAAUGGGGACUCUGGCUCAAGUUAUGGGGAGAGUAAGACUCGUGAAGAGAGGUUACUGGAGACGAUAGUAACAUCUGGUGGUGUCCGUUUACAACCCACUCGGGAUGCCCUUCAUGUGUUUCUUCGGGAGGCCUCAAAGUUGGAUGCAUUGGUUCUAAGUCAUGCCCUUGAAUCAAAGCUUCAAUCACCUUUGUGGCAGGUAUGGUUUUUAUGCUUCAGUACCGUUUUGAAAACAUGUAUAAAUACAAUCAACUUUGCACCGAUACUUGUUCAUCUGAUUGAAAAUUUUGUUUGUGAUGGUUAA